AUGUGUGCAGAUGAUGUGGUCGAUCUGUUUCGGGCGACGCGGACAGGGAACAUCGAGCAGGUCAAGUGGCUAGUGAGCUACGGACAGGUUCAGCUCAUGCCAUCGGCAGACGAAGUGGCGGCGGCGGCGGCGGGCAGCGAGGCGGUGGACUCGAUCUUGCACGCGGCGGCGGCGUCGGGCUCGCUCGACGUGCUGGCGUAUAUCCACUCGCUCCUGAGCGGUGCGGACACGGCGCACGAGGUGGAAGAGGCCGAGGACAAUGGGGUGUGGGAGGCGUUGGUGGACUCGUUUGACUCGAGUGGGUCGACGCCGCUGAUGCACGCGGUGCGGGGCGGGGUGGUGGACAUGAUCUCGUUUCUGCUCGGAGCUGGGGCCGGGGUCUCCGUGGCUGGUGUUGGCGGCAAGACGCCGCUACAUGUAGCGCUGGAGAAUGGAUCGGGGUUGGCGGACAGCAAGGUGCUUGAGGUGCUCAUCGAGGGCGGGGCUGACUUUGAUGCGGCCGACGACAAGGGCGUGGUGCCUUCUGCGUUUCGGGUUGUCCAGCGCCUCAACCGGGUGGCGCUGGUACUUGAGGACCGGCGGGCGGUGGCGGCAGAAGAGGCGGCGCGGGUCGAGGCACUGGAGGAGCGGCGGCGGCGGCGGAUCGAGCAGCAGGCGCUUGUCAAUGCGAGCACACGUGCGGCGCUGGGCCGGGCACGUGCACAGGCCCAGAAGGAGGCUGAUGCGAGAAACGCGGCCAAGCGAGUGGUCGAGCUCUCGAUGGACGACAUGCUUGCCAAGGAGAUGACGCUCGGCUCGCUGUACGCUGACUUGCCGGCGGCGUAUGUGCCGGCGUCGGGCCGCAAGAAGCGGCGCGGGAAGAAGAGCCAGCGCGGGCGCGGGCGGGGAUCACCGGGCAAGCGGCGUUGAGGUGAGGACAGCGACUGGUUUUACUCAUCAAUGGGGACGGGCUCGUCGCCUGAGAGGGUGGGCGCCGCCAUGCGGGCAGCGAGGACAACCGAGUGGCCGGUGCCAACGGAACAGUCGAGAGCGUAGAGGUUCGGCGGGAGCGGGACGCGGACCGGGUUGCGCUGGAAGACAUCGUCAGUGAGGGUAUCGCAGUUGGAGAGCGAGAGCGGGGUAAAGCCGAGGCGGCCACCA